AUGAAGUCGCUAGGGGAAGAGGAGGACGUGCAGGCGGUGCUCAAGCGAGCUGGCUUGGACCUUCAUACCCUUCUCCAGGUCGACAACGACAUCCUGCUCAACGCAGCGCUGCGCGAGGCUGGAGUGACGCUCGUCGGAGAUCGGAUGCGCGUCAUUUCCCGGAUCAAGCAGCUGCGUCAGAGUAGGAGGGAGGGGGCGGGCGAGGAAGGAGAGAGGUCGUUGACGUGGACAGACUCGCGGAACAUUGACUCGCGGCACCCAACGCCCAAGACGCAGCGAAGAAGCUCCUCCUCGUCGAACAAGAUCCACCCCUCUUCCUUCCUCUACUCCUCUGCUCUUGUGGAGUCAAGCCUGCCCCCAGCCUCAGACUUUCUUCCCUCCGCCACCCCUCUAGACAAGGACGAGACAUCGAGCGCUUCCUCCUCAUACAAGCCUCAGGCCCCCUCCCUCCCUCGCCCUGAGCUCGAGGACGAGCAGAAAUCUCCGGCCCCACGCCGCAACUCCAUAGGCUCACAAGGCAGUCGGGUGAGUCUGCGCAAGGGGAGGAGGAGCAUAAGAGAGGAGGGAAAGAAUGAGGCGGAAGGGAGCAAGGAGACCAGGGGGAAGCUGCUCGUCAGCAGGUCCUCGCAGCCUUGGAGAAGAAAUCGCGAUGAGGUGGACAAGAGGAUGAAGAGAACGCGCCUGCUUGCUGCCAUUGUCGGCUGCUGUGGAAGCAUCGCGGCAUGUCUGCAAAACGAGCUGGUCAUCCGUGGGAUGAACCCGCAGGAAAACGUGAUCAACGGGCUGAAGGGGCUGAACUCGCUUCUUUCGCUCCUCCUCUUCCUCCUCACCCUCCGCCUCUACUCCCUCGACAUCCUCUUCGAGCGCAUCCGACUGCACUUGAGGGCUCUGCACGUGCUCAAGGAGGAGGUGGAGCUGGGGGAGCUGCUGGGGAGUUGGAGGCUGUGGGGGGAGGUGGGGCUGUUUUGCCUGCACGUUCCUCCCUUCCUAUCCUUGGAGGUGCCGCUCUACAACUGGAACAACUUCCUGAGCUACCGCCUUGAGACCCUCGGAGCCGCCCUCAACCUCCUCCGCCUCCUCCUCUUCUGGAAGUGCUUCCGCGACUCUGCCAUCUCCUCUCUCCCUCGCAGACACACCGUCUCUUCCUUCACCGGCGUCCGCAUGGACUCAGCUUUCGUGCUCAAGCGCAUUCUCAACAGCCCGCAAGCGUUCAGCUUCAUCGCAGCCCUGUGGCUGCUUCUCAUCGUCAUCGCCGGCUACUGGUUCCGCUGCCUCGAGCUCUCCGCCUGCUUCUUCGGCACCAGCCAGCACCCGCUAUGUGAGAGCGAGGAGGCCAAGGUCUGGGUCAUGAGCUUUCACGGGGAGCACAACACCACAACCAACGCUGAAGCUUUCGAAAAGGUCAACGAUCUUUACAUUCAGAACGCCAUGUGGGCGAUGUUCACCACCAGCACCACCGUCGGGUAUGGAGAUGUCACACCGACCACGUAUGGUGGGAGGGUUGUGGGGGCUAUCACUAACGUAGCUGGGCUUCUGCUUGUGGCGGCGCUGACGUCAUCCUUGAGUCACGUGCUCAUGUACACGGACGAGGAGACGUCGGCGAUGUGCCUCUUCGACCGCGAGAAAGCUGCUGCUCGCCUCCUCCACCUCGCCGCCCUCCUCAUCCAGAGCUGGUGGGCGAAGAGGAAGGCGAGGAGGGAGGGAAAGGGGCGGAGGACGAGGAGGGGCUGGUGGAGCUGGUGGGGGAGUGGGGAGGAGACGGGCAUGGGACGGUACGGGAGGUGGAUGGAGUUUGAGAGGGCCAAGGAGAAGUCAGUGAGGGAACUGAACGCGUGCCUGGGCCCCAACAUGAAAGUUGACCUCCUCUACGCGCGUAUGAAGCGACUCACCGCCUCCUCUCUCUCUCUCCGCCUCAAACUCUCUCCCUCCUCCUCCUCCUUCCGUCGGCAGCCGCCUGAUCUGGAGGCGGAGGAAGAGCUCUUGAACACAGUCAAGGCAAUCAAGCGAAGGAAGAGCAUCGUGCUGCUGCCGCGGCAGCGGCGAACGAGCUCCGCAUACCAGAGCUACCGGGAAGACAGGAUAGACAACUUCUACGAGGCCGUCGAGGCCCUCCGAAGUCGCUACUACUUGAGCAAGAGGCUUCAGUGGCGGAGGGAUCGGGGGCUGGUUGAGAGGGUCUUGGUUCGCAGUCGCUUCCUCGCGGCUCUCUGUGGCAUCAGCGGCACGUGCAUGGCGGUCGCUCAGAGCGAGCUUGUCUUCGCUGGCGUCGCUCCUGAGGCCUUCGCCGUCCAGCUGCUUAAAGGCGCAAACUCGCUGCUGACAAUUCUGUGCAUGGUGAGAACUCGGAGAUCUUAA